CCUUCAUGUUCAGUACAAGAUCGUUAUACGGGCUCAUUCGCAUUACUCCUGCUUAUCAACUAACUAGAGGCAAUCUGCGCAGGACGAACGAAGAUUUGUUCGUCAAUAAUAUUCUGUUACGAAUUAAAUUAUAGAACUUUUGAGGUUACAGUAUGAUUCCUGCACUAAUUGUUACACAAACUUUAAGAAACAUAACAAAUAGAAUUCCGACAUUUCUGUUUCGUAACAAAAGUAGUCAAAUAGAUGUUUCAAGUGCAGAAUCAACGGAUUCGUUGGACCCAGAUUUGCCAAUUAUUACAGAAAACCCAUAUAAAAAGGAAAAAAAGUUAUGUAUUUUAUGUAAAUAUAAUAUAGACCCAGAUUAUAAAAAUGUACGAUUUUUGUCCCAAUUUCAAAGUCGCCAUACAGGUAGAAUUUAUGGGAAACACAUAACUGGAUUAUGUGAAUACAAACAAAAAAGAGUAGAACAAGAAAUAAUGAAAGCACAAUCUGCUGGUUUAAUGGGUUACAUGACAAAAGAAAUUAAGUAUGUUGAUGAUCCAAAAUUAUUUAACCCAGCAUUUCCAUUUCGAAAACACCAAUGGUAGUUACAACUUAAAUAUAUUCCAUAUCUAACUAGAAUUUAUAUGACAGACAAAUAAAUUUAUGUUAUAUUUAUUAUAAUAAAAUAAUAUUGAAUUAA